AUGCCACUCUUUACUUUGUUUUCUGUGUGGACUCUUCGGAAAGUUUUUGUCGAGACGCUGGACAAGUGUUUUGAAAAUGUUUGUGAACUGGAUCUGAUAUUUCAUGUAGAGAAGGUUCACUACAUGUUGUCGGAGCUGGUGAUGGGAGGAAUGGUGCUGGAGACUAACAUGGUGGAGAUCAUGACUCGCAUUGAUGAACAGAACAAGCUGGAGAAAAAUGAGGCGGGACUCCUAGCUGCUCCAGCCAAAGCUAUGUCAGCCAUGAAGGAAAUGAACAUUCCACAGAAGAUCAAAGACAUCAAGUUGCCAGAUCUGCCCAGCAUUAGCAGCCUUAAGUUCUAG